GAUGUUUCUGAAUUACAAAACUUUAUUUGAUUAUAAGUGGACGCUAUUUGGCGAUAAUCCGAGGCUGCAUGAAGUAGACUUAAUCAUGAACUGAUUAAUUAUGGUACUGUCACUAGGUCGUGAUUACAUUGCCGGAUUGGUAUGCAUGUUUUUGUUUAUCGUUUUUUAUUCAAAUGAUGAAAACAUUCUUUUAAUACCUUGUUGAGCCACAACAAGCUUAUAUUAGGCUAUAACAGAGAACAAUGUAAGCAGAUACUUUCUUUUUUUAAUCAAUGAUUUGUGAUUGUUUUAUCUUAAUUGAUAUUGACCUAUAGCUCGCCUUAUGGAACCGUACGAGCUAAUGACAUUCUCAUCUUUCGCCAUACGUAUGCAUAUAUGGACAACUAAAAGAAACGAUAAAACUUUUGGAAAUCAGUAGAUUCUCAACACUUACAUUCCGUGAUCCAAAAAUAAAAUUGAGCUGGUGUCGCUUUCGGACACGAUAUCGUUAGAAACAAAAUCCAAACAUCUUGUCCGAUCUGAUCCACUAAUCAUCGUAUUCGCUGCCUCUAUAUAAACAAAGACUUCUCACCAAUUUCAUAUCCACACACAACAUUCUCACAAAACCUUAUUCUCCGAGUCGAAUCAAGAGUUUCAUUAUUUAAACCUUUUCCAAAAACAUUGUUUGAUAUUUCUUUCACCCGUAAAACACAUAGAUAUUGAUUCAUAAUCAUAAACCUAUUCCAAUUGUAAAACAAAGAAACAAAAACUAAGCAGUUUGAUUUUAGCUGUGUGAUACCAUAUAAGACAAGCAAUGGAGAUGGUCACGAGGAUGGUUUUGGAGAGACCCGUGGUGAUAUACAGCAAAAGCUUAUGUUGUAUGUCCCACACAGUCAAGACAUUGCUCUGCGAUUUCGGAGCGAAUCCAGCCGUUUACGAGCUAGAUGAGGUAUCAAGAGGGAGAGAGAUUGAGCAGGCCUUGUUGCGGCUUGGUUGUAGCCCGGCGGUUCCAGCGGUUUUUAUCGGAGGAGAGUUAGUUGGUGGAGCCAACGAGGUCAUGAGUCUUCAUCUUAACGGCUCAUUGAUCCCUAUGCUUAAGCGGGCUGGUGCAUUGUGGGUUUGACUUAAUAUAUUUAUCUCUAAUUAGUUACUUAAUACUAAGUUAAGUACGCAGAAUAAUGUUUAAAUUUCAACACAUCUAUGAUUUUUGACAUGGUGAUAUAAGUCCACGUUAGAUCAGUAAUCAGGGCGUCGUCUUUUUAUUGUUUCUGAGCUUAUCUUGAUUUAAAAAUGUGCGAGCUUCUAUGCACUUUUUUAAGAAAAAAUAUAUCGACCUGGAGGAUCUAAUAUAAUAGUGAAAAAAGUUACAAUGUUUA